UUUACAAAAAAAAUAAAGAUACAAGAAAGCAGUGUCUACUGGAGCGCUCAUGAAGACGCACGGGACCACAAACUCCAGCUCUUAAAAUUGUCAUGAAGCAGCAGCAGCAACAGCGAGGCACAGACCUCCCAUAGGUCCCUUUUUUUAUUUGCAACGUUUCAAGUUCAUCUAAAGGGAGAACAAAAUAAAUAAUGAACUUAUCGGAGUCUGUUUGGCUCUGGGAAGAGCCAUGGAACCUCAGCAGAUCGGAGGAAGAGGACCAGAAACUUUUAUUCGGGAUAGGCACGGAUAAUUUCAUCACGCUGCUGGUUUUCGGGCUCAUCUUUACGCUCGGCGUGCUGGGCAACUCCAUGGUGAUCACCGUGCUGGCGCGGAGUAAACCAGGGAAACCACGGAGCACCACUAACAUAUUCAUCCUCAACCUGAGCAUCGCAGACCUGUCCUACCUGCUCUUCUGCAUCCCUUUCCAGUCCACCAUCUACAUGAUGCCGACGUGGGUCCUGGGCGCAUUCAUCUGCAAAUUCAUCCACUAUUUCUUCACUGUGUCCAUGCUGGUGAGCAUCUUCACUCUGUCUGCCAUGUCCGUGGACCGAUACAUUGCCAUCGUGCACUCCAGAAAGUCCUCCUCCAUCCGGGUGGCGAAGCAUGCUUUGAUCGGGGUGGCGGUGAUUUGGAUCCUCUCUCUGGCCAUGGCUGCGCCCGUCAUGUAUUACCAGAGCCUUUUCCACCGAGGAGAGAAUCACACCUUCUGCUGGGAAUGGUGGCCCGAUCAAAACCAGAAGAAAGUUUAUGUCGUUUGCACGUUUGUCUUUGGUUAUGUGUUGCCUCUGCUGCUGAUUUCCUUCUGUUAUGCAAAGGUUUUAAAUCACUUGCACAAAAAACUAAGAAAUAUGUCUAAAAAGUCAGAGGCAUCAAAGAAAAAGACUGCUCAGACGGUGCUGGUGGUGGUGGUGGUGUUCUGCAUUUCUUGGCUCCCUCAUCACGUGGUUCACCUGUGGGUGGAGUUCGGGACCUUCCCGCUGAACCAGGCCUCCUUCGUGCUACGGGUGGCCGCCCACUGCCUGGCUUACAGCAACUCGUCUGUCAACCCGGUCAUCUACGCCUUCCUGUCGGAGAAUUUCCGGAAGGCUUACAAGCAGGUGUUCAAAUGCCAGAUCGGUACCGGUGACUCCCCGCUCAACGACGUCAAGGAGAUCCGCAGCAAAGCGGACACUCCGCCCUCCACCAACUGCACCAACGUCUGACUGGCCGGUGGUGUGGAUGGUGACAUGGAGACUAUGGAGACUGUCACACUGAGACUCAAUGUAAAGUCAUAGUGACAGAGCCGUCAGACAUGAGAGGUUUUCCUUGAUGUACAUACUGUAAGUAUGGAUGCUUGGGUACUGCUACAGCUGUGCUGUUCCACAUAAGCGCUGUUUGUUAUACCUCGACUAGAGAAGAUGAAGCCCCUGUGGCUUCAGGGAAUGCUUAGUCCCUCUUUGAUCAGUCUCUGUUCCCUUCUUUCAUAAUACAAACCUGUGGGGUCUGGAACUCAGGAAAAUUACCCUCUCUCUAAAGUAAAACUUGUUUUGAUUGUAGACACUAUUUUACACGUCACAUCACGGUAUAUUUGCAAGCAAAAAAAAUAUGAGGUCAUUGUACUUCAAACGGAUUCUAAAUCUCAAUUGGAAGACUUUUUUCAAGAUUAUUAUUGCAUUACCAUACUGUUUGUGUCUUACAGAAUUGUGAUUUCUUUUUUUCUUCAGAAACAAAGGAAGGGCUUAUCAUUUCAAAUACAGUAAACACAUUACACUUACUGAUCCCAGUAAUGUUUUGUUACUUUGAGGCUAGAGGGUCGGCUUGUUUUCUGUCUUAUCAGGAACUAGAUGGUGGGAUGUGCGUUCAGUAAAGAAAAUGGUCCGGGACAUAUUAGCUUGGUUAGCUUCACGCAGAGGCUCCAGGCAGCUAGCCUCUAUGAAAAGAGAAGACAUGUGACUCUUAGUAACUGCAAAAUUGUCAUUAAUGUAUGUGUUAUGUAAAUUCAGACAAUGUAAAAUGCACAACACAAAGUGUAGGCUGGCCCCUUGUUAAAGGUGGAGUCAGCGAUUCUAAUCCAAAACACCUCCUCAUGGUCUGUUAGCUGUCCGCUCUGUGUGAGCGGAAAAUAAAUCCAGUGUUUAAACUCUGGGGCUGCAACGUGACAUCAUGACUUCGCGUAAACAUACACGCCACUUUUCUAAAGCCAAGUGGCGUGUUAUCUAUACGCAUUUUGA